AUGGCGUUACCUUUCACAUAUCCGACACCAGAGGCGACAGACUCGCCAAGUUCGAGGGACGAGAGCAGAACACGGAAGCAUGGCGAGGAGAAGCACUCUUCCGGCUCCGACGAUGCUCACUCACAGCAGCCAGCACCAAAGAGACAGAAAGUCAUCGUCCAAUCCGAACACCAAGCGAUCAACGAGCUGGCCGCCAUCUGGAAUGCUGCUGAUCGCCCGAGAGAUGACUGCAAUAUAUGGGAAUUGACCGACUUCACCAUUUAUCACAGAAGCGACUACUUCCGGCAUGCUAAUGAGCUCUGUCCCGUUCACCAUCUGAUGGCCGAGUCUGGGGUCAAUCAACUUGUCUUCGACGGUGUCAUCAGUGUUGACACUGAGCAACGAUCCGUGAAAGGGGUCUCGUUCGAUUGUCUGGCUCUCGAAGGCUACGGAGAUGAAGGCGAAAGCAGUUCGGUGUCUGCAUGCAUCCAAUCUCCACUAGGCAAGAGAGGCAAUGUCUGGUAUCAACUCAAGCGUCCUGCAAGAGAGUAUACUCGUUACUACGAUGCUUCGCUCUGGGUCUUCCAAUUCACCAAGUACGUUAUCGACUUUCUUGAGUGCUCAGAACGACCGGUUACAUUGUGCUUGUUCCGCCGACAAUUCUAUGCGUAUGUGAAUCAAGUAUACCAACACUCGAUGUCCACGAAGGAGUGGUUGAGAAAACAUCCCUCACACGACUUCGGUCAGGCCUUCUGUGCAAACCUGGCCUUCCUUAUCAGAGAAUGCUAUAGUGUCAAUAAACAGCUGUUGAAACAACCUAUCUUUGGAGAAACCGAUGUCCAGAGACUACGAGCCAUACCGACGGAAGUCUCAGCAUAUAAGAAGACUGUUGUAACGCCAUUCGUCUUCGAGUCAUUCCACAAGAUGCCGUUCAAUUUCCAGAUGCAAGUUCUGCAGGACGUUGAUCCAACAACGUACCAAAGACAACUGUCUCGAAGAAAUCAGCUAGGUCUGACACCGCUCGGUUGUCGUCCAACCAGCAUACCGCCAUUCCAGAAUACAGCCACAGCCACAGCCAGGAAGAUUCGAAAAGGCGAUGUAAUCAGUGUUUUUGCAGACAAAAAAUCCCAGUGGAGAGGUUCGAGGGGAACUGUGUGGUAUGCCUUUGUGCAGGAGGUCCGAAAGUGGAAGAAUGGUGCGCUCAAGUUGGACAUCCUGUGGCUAUACGAACCGAGCGACACGACGCUAGGACAUGGUCAUUACCCAUACCAGAACGAGCUCUUCAUCAGCGACAAUUGCUCAUGUGGAGAAAACGCGAUCGACGCUGAAACGGUACAGUCAAUUGUGCCGGUUCAGUGGUUUGUCACCAAUCCUGGACAGUCACAAGGCUUCUUCGUCAGACAAAAGUUUCGGACCGAGCCAAUGCUGGGAGCCUACGACUUUACUCAACUUCAGCCAUCUGACUUUACCUGUGUAUGCAGACACACUGAAACAGAAAUGGACAAGGUCGCAAAGGAGUUCGGUAUCGGAGAUACGGUGCUUGUCUACCAUCAGACCGAAACGACAUUGAUUCUGGAGCCAGCCAUUAUCCGUGGCUUCACAUCACGCCAAAUCGCUUUGCAGGCUUUGCUUCGAUGUCGCCGUGACCUAGGCAAUGAUCGUGCGCCUCCUAACCAGCUUGAAUUGGCUGACGGUACCUUCGAAGUUGGUCCCGAGUCUAUCACCCGUAGCUGUAAAAUCGCAACCUUUGCUACAAUCACAGAUGUCAAAUCGCCUUAUGAUCGAGGCGGUGCAGGUGACUACUGGUUUGUCGUCAGCUCGACAAAGCCUACCUGGAAUUUCAAGCAAGAGACUACAACAAGCAGGCUCAACGGUAUGGGCAUCUUCUGUGGAGCGGGCUCGUUAGAUCGAGGUCUUGAGGAAGGAGGUGGUCUCAAAUUCAAAUGGGGCAUAGACAUAGCCCAGCAUGCGCUCCACUCAUACAGAGCAAACUCAAGGGAACCGGAGAAACUCAGCCUCUUUCUGGGCAGCGUGGACGACUAUCUCGCCAAAGCUAUUCAAGGGUCAGCAGACCACAGGAUCGCAACCAUUGGUGAUGUUGACGUGCUGGCCGCCGGAUCUCCGUGCCCUGGUUUCUCAGUCUUGCAGCCUGACAAGAACAGUAUCCCGUCUUUACGGAACUGCUCACUGGUGGCUUCUGUCUGUUCAUAUGUCGACCUUUUUAUGCCAACAUAUCUUGUUCUAGAGAAUGUUAUCGGCAUGGCAAGCGCUCCCAAGAACGCAAAGGAGUUGAACGUUUUCUCGCAGGUUUUGUGUUGCCUUGUAAGUAUGGGAUAUCAAGUCAAACAGCUCUUGAUGGAUCCUGGUCAUUAUGGAUCUUGUCAAUCUCGGCAACGACUUUUCAUCCUUGCGACUGCUCCUGGAAUUAUCCCUCCUGAAUCUCCCCCCCAGACUCAUGCCUGUGUCGAGCUAAGCAGGACCAACGCGAUCGGCUAUGCCUCGAACGGCCUUCCCUUUGGCCAGCGUAAACACGACGUGUGCCCUCUUCCGUCUCUGACUGCAGAGGAUGCGUUUGGAGAUCUGCCAAACAUCGCAGAUGGCCAUGUCCAGACAUGCGUCCAGGUCCCUGACCAUCGACUCUGCCGGUACGAGGACUUGAGAACUAGGGCAAUCAUCCAGAUGGUACCUCGCUGGCCUCGGGGCCAAGGCUUUAUGCAAGCAUACGCCGCCGGAAAGAUGUCCAAGCAAGCCAUAGCAGAUUACAGGUGGGCUAAUCAGUACAGAGGUUCCAAACACAGUAAAAGCUGGUCUCGCUUGUAUCCUGAUCGCCUUGUGGGAUGUCUUACUACAAUGAUCCAGCCUCAUGAUUCAUUCAUUGGUCGCACGCUGCAUUGGGACCAGCCUAGGCUCAUGUCGGUCAUGGAGGCAAGAAGGGUUCAGGGCCUUCCCGAUAACGAAAUCGUCAUCGGAAAACCGUCUCAGCAAUGGAGGCAAAUCGGUAAUGGUGUCGACAGGAAAGUGGCGUUUGCACUUGGACUUCAGAUUGCCAAAGCUCAUCAGAAGACUGUUGCAGCAAAAGACCUUCGUGACGGAAGCUUCUCGCAGACCAAACUCGAGUCUCGACAGGAAGUCGUCGCUCAGCUGUUACCUGAUGCCUCUGCCUCUGCCAUUGAGAAUCUGACUGCUUCUGACAAAGAGGUCGCAGAGUCGACGACGCAUGGUGGGGUCGUACUUCGAGCUUUGUUCGAGGUCUACACUGAAGCUCCAGUCAAGGGAGUGUUUCAGAAGGAUGGAGUGGAAUAUAUUGUUAUCGAUUGA